AGUUCUUUAAUACUCUGCUGUUCUCGCGCUUUGCUUAGCUUAGCUUAGCUUAGCUUGCCUGUUCACCUUCUCCCACCCGACCCCACCCCACCACUCUCCAUAAUUACUCCUGUUCCUUCCUAUCUUCUUUUGUUUAGAAUAACACAAAAAUAUAUGUAUUUAUACAUAUAAUGCUGGAAAUGACAGUUCUAUCUUCUUUCCCUGCUGUCGCCUCACCUCCCCACUUCUUCUAGCACAUUUAUCAACCAAUCAGGCUUAUUCCCCAGGUCCUUGGAGAGGAAUCAGAAGAGUCUACUCGAUCAUGGCUGAUCACCAGGAAGAGGGAUGGCCGCUGGGGUUGCAGCCCCUGAAUGUGAGAGCUGGGUUCGUCAGAAAUAGAAAUUUGCCUGGUUCUGUUUCCUUCAGUACUCUGCUCACUGCUUCUCCUACCUCCUCUCAUGGCUCUUCUUCGGAUCCUGACACACAGUCCACUGGAUCCUUCUUCCAUGACAAAAGCAUCACCCUGGGCAGCCUCAUGGGCAUAUCUAGCAUCCUAGAGCUGUCGCGAAGACCGACCCAAGGAAGAACCAUAGAAACCUCAAGAGACAGAAAGAUUUGCAAGCCUAAACCUUGGUUCUUCUCAAUGUGCUCCAAGGUGAACACUGAUGCUAUAAACCCCAACAAAUCCCUGUCCCUUGGUCACUAUCUUGAGGCAGAGAGGAGAGCUGCCACCCUAUACCGCAGCACUCCCAACCAAACCGUUCACGGACCGGAUGAUUUCUUGAAGCUGCCUGUUUCAUGCCCGAACACACUUUUUGUCUGCAACAAGGUUGCUCCUCCUCAACCAAGUUCAUGGUUUGUUUUGGAUGGUGAAGGAGGAUCCAGCAGUGGAUUAAUAGAUGAUGGUAAUGGGUAUGGAGUCCCAUUGCUGUUUUCAUGUUUGUGUGGACAACUCUCUCACUGAAUGAUGGAAAUAAACGGAUGAUCAACUCAUUUGUUUCUUUAUCGUUUCAUUGUUCUUGGGGUUUGGAUUCCAUGUUCAUGAACACAAUUCCAGGCUGCACUGAUUCAGGAGAAACACUCUUUCCCCUGCACACCAAAGUUCAACUCAGUUGAGGUGGGGUAUCUUGAGGAAGAUUUACCAAGAACUGCUGCAUUUUCUUAUUGUACUAUACCCUUCUCAUUGGAUUAUGUAAUACAAUAUUAGAUUAAGUUUGUGGCUUUCGAAAUAUUCCUUGUGUUUUCCCAUCCGUUUUUUAUAUUGAAGAUUGAACAAUGGUGUUGCCAUUUCACCCACAA